AUGUCUGGAACGGAGUUAACAAAAAGAGCGAAGUAUCUAUGUAGGUUAACUGACAGUUUCUGGAAAAAAUGGCAUAAGGAAUAUCUUCUGAGUCUUAGGGAACAACAUCGUGGCUCGUUGAGCGUGACGAAAGAAACAUAUAUCAACAUUGGUGAUGUAGUUAGUGUGCAUGACGAGAACAGAUCUCGAGCAAAGUGGCGUUUGGCAAGAGUUCAUGAGCUAAUACGUAGUACAGAUGGGAAAAUACGCGCUGCUAUUAUUAGAAUUGCGGGGGACAGCAAGAAAUCAACGUACAUACGGCGCCCCGUUCAGAAACUGUUUCCAUUGGAGCUUAGGAACGAACAUACCCAACAGGAUGAAAAGGAGGAUCGUAGAUCAAGAAGAAAGGCAGCAAUUGUCGGAGAAAUAAAGAGACGUUGUGUUGACAAAUAA